UCAAGGUGUUCGCCAUGAGAGGAAACCAGAGGAGUAAACCACUGCAAGGUACAUUCACAGCACAAGAUGUGCGUCCGGAUGAUGGUGUUGAGCCCCAGGGACUAAAGGUGGCCAGUGUGGUUGAGGAAACCAACAGGAUCACAGAAGGUAAGGUUGCCAUCCACUGGGAGCUCAUGACUGACUGUGUCAGCGUCUCAUAUUCACCAGUAUACACCAGGCUGGGCUGCCAGCUCCCAGCUGCUUCUCCAGUACGGGGUCGCGGAGCAUUCUGCUUCAGCCACAGCAGAAGCGGGUCCCCACCCUUCGCAGUGUAGUGACUGCUUGUGGCCAGCAGGGGCCUCCAAUCCUGCAGGGGACCCAUGUAAACGUGUGGUUUAAAUGGUGGGAAACACCACUGCUGAACCUCAGGGGAGACCGGUUGGCUCAGAUGUGCGAGUCAGAAUGAACACACGGCAAGUUCCUGCCCAUCCGCCGACGUGAGCAACGUGAGUGAGGUGUUACUGAAGGUACCAUGCUGGUGGAGGGGCCUGCAGCCAUGUGUGUGUCUGAGAGGGUAGAGACAGGCCCCUUCAAAUGGCUGCCCGGAGGCGACUGAACAACUCAGAAAGAUUAGCACAUGCGAGGUAAGAACUUAAGAUUUCUUGCAUUUGCAUGACUGUAUCAAAGGCGAGCUGAAUAGAAAGCAUACAGUGAGGGUUUUAUGAUCUAUUAUGUAUAGACAAUACUACAUUAAGUUACCUUGUGCUUUGGCUGUUUUGUUUGUUGAGGGUCGAGAUGCAAAAAUGUGGCUGAUGAAAAAAUAGAAUCUUGUUGAUUAAAAUAAGUGGAAGUAUUUGCUGAGAUGUAACUGGGAAUUUGCAUACACUGUUGUCAUGGGUGAAAGCAAACCUUAUUCACAACGUACUUGGCACGAAGCUAUUUUAAAACAUCUUCUGACUUACUUUGUCUGGACCUGCAGCCUGAUAGCAGAGGUCAGAGUUCACACCUGUCUAAGGCAUCGCAUUCCAAAAUACACACACAUACACAUUCAUUGGCAGAGAGAGGCUGUUAAUGAACAUGCACCAUCUGUCAUUGUUCAAAAUGCAGAAUAGUAGGGGGAUGUGGGCGUGGCUUGUCACUAACCCAGUCCGGCACCGUUGUUAUGGGCCCACCUUGUAGCCAGGCAUUUCCAUAAAGUGAUGCACCAAUAGGAGGGCAGGAAAUGGCCAACUGUAUCUGCAGAAGAAUUAUGAGUCAUAUUUCAUAUUUCUUCUGCUGGUAUUCACUUCUAUUCAGCAUUGCUUAUUUUAAUUUAGGGCCGUUUCGACCACUGCUGGUCUGAAGAGCUUAAAGAUUACAGGGUCACAGAUGAACACAGCAGCCAUUAAUUUUAUAGAGUAUCUUUAAGUGGGGAAGUGGGAACAAAGGAGGAGAGGAAAGAACGUCCUGUGGUAGAUAAAUGAAAGAAAAACCUCCGGGAAGGGGUCUAAGGUCAAGAGGCUGCCCCUCCCUCUGUGGACAUGCUCUAUUGUGGGAAUCAGAAGCAGGUGUGCACGCAUUGUGAAAAUCUGGAGUCUAAUGGUAGCCUUUUCUUCUGGCCUUUGUCCUGUUCAGCCCAUGUUCCGAUGAGGUUCCUCCGGGAAGCAAGGGGGCGCUGUUGGUACUGACGUGAUGGAACUACAGAGCAGUGUUUCCCAAACCGGAAAAAUGUGGACUGUCUGGGGGGGUCCCUGAGGACCAAGAUGAGAAACAUUGCUAUGGAGACGCAGAGCAGUAGUACUCCAGCGGUCUGGUCAAAACGAGCCGCAGUCAAAUAGACUAAAUUUGACAGGGAUUUCAGUGCUGAGACCUGAGUCACAUGGCUUUAUGUUGGUUGGCAGGCUAUUUCAUAAACUAGGAGCUCUGUCGUUGAAUCAUCAAUGUUGUAUCCAAGGAAUUGUAAGAAUGAGUGAGAGUAUGUUUUGAGAGUGUGUCUGGAGAGCGUGUUCUGAGAAUGUACACAACCAUCAGUUCAGAUUGCCUCACUCUCAGAAGACAAUCCAUAGUGAGAAGUGGCGCUGAGGUGCUGUUUGGGCUUCCAACAUCAGAGGGUAGCUCCACAUCAGUGACAGCUCUGCUUAGAUCCACCGCAGGGUCAAGGAGGAAUAGAAAAGACAGAAGGGUGAGAGCGAAAGGCCCUGUUUAAAAUAUCCUUUGAUGGGUUUUGCAUUUCAGUACAUCAGUAUGAGCAACCAGUGUAGAGGGUUUAUUGAUGGGAAAGUAAGACGAAUCCCAUCAAUCUUCAGGGUCAAAGAUCCUGCCCUCUGGAUGGCAUUUUACUGAAGUUUACUGAAGUUACAAAUGUUACGAAAUUGAAGAUUCCUGAAGAUGAAGUCAUUAACCAAGAUCUACAUCAACAGCCAUGCUGUUGAAAACAGAGAACCUGCUUCUAGUGAUUGGUGUCUGGCUCCCAAGGGGUUUAAUCUUCGUCCCUUAGAGCUAUCUAUCUGUGUUUGAUGGUUCUGCAGAUACCCAAAAAAAAUUUAUAGACAUCUUUCCCCUAUUUGCCAAUAAUGCAUGAGUUUAUUCGCAUUUUGGAAACUCGUGUAAUGACAGAACUUUGUGUAUGUUGAAAUUCCACAUGGUGAUAGCUUAGCUAACUGCCAGCUGAAUGUCCAAGGUCAAUCGAUCCGUCAUUCAGUUUUCAUCUCCUCUGGCUGCUUAAUCCCUUUGGCAGAAAGGGACGUACAAUAAAUCAGUUUUCAUAAAUAAGGUUCUGCUUGAACGUCAUAAACUGAAUUGUAGAAUGACAUAUGCCGUGUCUGGAAAGCCUGAAGGGUAGAGAUCUGACUUGCAGUGAAGACUGAGCCCUGCAGCCCGUUGGGUUAGCAGGCGCUAAAUCAUCCAUGUUCCGCAAUGUCGACACGCUGGGACUGCAGUCCUUUCGGUUUCGGCCUGAUCUGCUAGUUUUUGAUGAAAGUAGUCAGUGUCGCAGGGAGGAAACUCUGUAGCGACAGUUUAACGUGUAACAGUGUUGAUGUGAGAAGCAUCUUGUGCCAAUUGCUUUGGUCCAGUUGCUCGAGUGUGAGGCUUGACACAAUUUCUGGGUCUCUGGUUCCUCGCUGUCUGUGAAAGCAACCGUUUUAUUGCGAGAGUCAUGAGUUACUGCUGGCACUGGCCGGGCCAUGAGUACCACUGAGGCCUGGUUAGUUUUGCUGUUUAACCUGCGCGACCCCAAUAAAGGCUCGUUUGAAACAAAGCUGACAAAGAGAGCCGGCUCAUUUCAGCUCAUGUGAAUAUGACGUUUCUCCCUCUCAAAUUCCUUUCACUUUCUAAUUCCUCUCGAUUCCAUCCCUGCACCUGGCAGCAGGAGCACCUGAGUCAGUUUGUAAUGUGAGCUAAAUAAAUGCUCACUUAUUUACUGUAAAGGAUCUGAUCUGAUCCUUUAUUAUUUGUAAAUGUUAAGUACUAUAAUUCUUCUGCGGCUGUCUUAUUAUUCUUAAUGUGUUUUGGGUUCUGACUUUUUGGCGAGGAUUUUCAGGCAGUGCGCCCCCCUGAGAAACAGGCCUACAGAGAGCCCCCUCCCGCCCACUCUGAGACCUGGGAGGGCCAUGACGCGUAACCCCAGGCUGUCUUCUUCCUGCCGGCUGCAAAUCGCUGGCUUCCUGACAGCUUCCAGCCUGCACUUGCAGAAUACCACUAAAUGUGUUGCCAGCUUCUACUCGAAGGGCCGCGCAAACAUGGCAGAUAAUCAAGACCCCCCCACCCCGAAUCCCCCUGCCUGAUGUGACUUCCAGAGGGUGUCCAGGCAGUGGACGGAAAGACGCUCCUGAAGAUUUAACGGUCCCAGUGGGUUGAUGGGAAGGCAGAGGAACAGUAUGUCGCAAUCCACAGCAACUGUUUAGCCUGAAGAGAGACGGCCUGCGACCCAGAAUCUGAGUCACAUGGCCCUGCUGCCGAUCUAGCAACUUGCUUUCGCUAACGCUGAGUAGAAGAAUGAAAUCAGAGGCCUGACUCUCAUCGCCAUGUUGUCACAAUGUGCCGUUAGCCAAAAUCACUUAAUCUCAGAAUGGUGCUUUCAUCUCUGGAAUCUACUUCUCACUGCCUGUUGAUAUAAGUGUUCCUGCCAUUGGCCAUAGCCCUGUAGCAUUCUCCUGUAGAAGUCCGCUAACCCAGACAAGUUUCUGUCCUAUGUGUUUGAGCCUGUUGUGACACAUCCAUCCUGCACAAUGGGCCACGGACAAGACCAUUUCUUCCUGGUUAAUGCCACUUUGCAGGGGCUCAGUAUGUAAAGUGGGUAGGAAGAGGCCACCUCGGGCUAAGUGGGGUAUGGAACAUCUCUGGGCUCCCAGCAAAUUUGGGUCCAGGGAUUAAAAGCGAAAGUCCUGUCCUGUGCUCGUUUUCUGGUUGAAGGAACUUAUUCAUCCAGAGCUAGCGGUGGUUGCCCUUUAGCUUUCCCCUGCUAGCUUAUUCACAAUGGAUCUCUGAGAUCAUCCGCUGGAUCUGGGUAGCACUGAGAGGGGAGCAUUACCUAUGAAUGUUUUAAGGUUCACGGCAAAAUAAGAGCCGGUGUUCUUCUGUCCAGUGAAAUCCAGAAUUCAUCUCCGCUCUGGCAGGUGGUGUUGUUUUCCAGAGAUGGCUGCUUUCGGUUACGUUUUUGCUGAUGUAUUUAUUUGUUCAUAUUUCAAACUUUGCAAUAAAAACAUUAUUGUAAAUCCUGAAAGCUGUGUUCUUGUGGGGGGGGGGGGGGUGGUGAUUUAUUUUUAGUGUGGACGGUGGACCAAACCUGUGCAUCAAAGUUCCAUGGCAUCGAUGUUGUCAUCAGCUGCGAUGUGAUGAUCUUUCAGCUGUUAUGAUGCGCGUGGCUCUCCUUAUCGCAGGGGACCAGUUCCAGUGUAAGACCCCAUCUGUGGCCGACAUCGUCAUCCUGGUCGAUGGUUCCUGGAGCAUUGGCAGGUUGAACUUCCGCCUGGUGCGAACAUUCCUGGAGAGCUUGGUGAGCGCCUUCAAUGUGGGCUUUGACAAGACACGCAUAGGACUGGCCCAAUACAGCGGGGAUCCCCGGAUUGAGUGGCACCUGAAUGCCUACAGCACCAAGGAUGCCGUGAUCGAUGCUGCGAGGAACCUGCCGUACAAAGGCGGGAACACACUGACCGGUCUUGCUCUGACUUACAUUUUGGAGAACAGCUUCAAGCCGGAGUCAGGGGCCAGGCCAGGCAUUCCCAAAAUCGGCAUCCUGAUCACCGAUGGGAAGUCUCAGGAUGAUGUCAUCCCUCCAGCCCACAGCCUUCGAGAGGCGGGCAUUGAGCUUUUCGCCAUUGGCGUCAAGAAUGCAGAUGAGAAUGAGCUGAAGGCCAUCGCCUCGCCUCCCGAGGACACGCACGUCUACAACGUGGCCGACUUCAGCAUGAUGAGCACCAUUGUGGAGAGCCUCACCAAGACCCUGUGCCAGAGGGUGGAGCAGCAGGACAAGCAGAUAACAGGAGAGCCAACGGGGCAGGUGACCCUAGCGUCCCCCCAGGAUUUGCGGACGUCUGAGGUGACGGCCAGGAGCUUUCGGGUGUCCUGGAGCCACCCCCCCGGGACUGUGGAGAAAUACCGCGUGGUGUACUACCCCACCAAGGGGGGGUCUCCAGACGAGGCCGUGGUGGACGGCAGCGAGAACUCCGUGGUGCUGCAGUACCUGAACUCUCAGACGGAGUACCAGAUCGCCGUAUUCGCGAUCUAUGUCAAUGCCGCAAGCGAAGGCCUGCGUGGCAGCGAGACGACCUUGACCCUGCCGAUGGUGAACGACCUGACGCUCUACGAUGUGACCCACAACAGCCUCCGCGCUCGUUGGAAGGGCAUCAGUGGUGCCACUGGCUACAUGAUCCUGUACGCCCCACUGAGCGAUUCCGGACUAGCUGAUGAGAAGGAGGUGAAGGUGGAGGAGACUGUCACGGAUAUCGAGCUGGAGAAGCUGACUCCUGCCACCGAAUACACCGUGACUGUGUACGCCAUGUACGGGGAGGAGGCCAGCGACCCCAUGACUCACCAGGAGACCACGUUGCCCAUCAUGGCACCUCGUGACCUCCAGAUAUCCAACGUUGACCACAGCUCUGCCAGACUGACGUGGGAGGCCACAUCGAAGAAGGUCCUGGGCUACCGCAUCCUGUAUGUGAAGACCAGUGAUGUUCAGACCACUGAGGUGGAUGUGGACCAGGUCACCACACUGCAGCUGAGGAACCUGACUUCGAACACUGAGUACACAGUGGCCAUCUUCGCUCUCUAUGAGGACGCCCAGGCGGAACCCCUUACCAAGAGCUUCACGACCAGGCCCGUUCCCGCCCCGAGCGGCCUCCGGACCAGCGAUGUGACGACAGACAGCUUCCGGGUCAGCUGGAAGGCCACUGCUUCAGAUGUUCUGCUAUACAAGCUGUCUUGGUGGCCCCAUGAUGAAUCGCUGAAGGAGGAGAGGAUUGUGAAUGGAAUGACAGCCGUGUUGACCAAUUUACGGCCAGUCACAGAGUACGUGGUCUCCCUGUCAGCCAUCUUCCUAGAUGGGACAGAGAGUACACCAGUCACUACCCUGACCACGACAUUGGCAAGAACGACAACUAUUGCAACGACGACAUCAGUGGUACGACAGGGCGUGAGAAACCUUCGCCUGGAUGAGGAGACCACCUUCAGCUUGCAGGUGUCCUGGGAGCUCCAAGACCCCAACGUGCGACAGUACCGUGUGACCUAUGUCAGUGCCAGAGGCGACCGAGCUGAGGAAGUGCUCAUGGUCCCCGGCCGACAGAACAGUGUCCUGCUGCAGCCUCUGCUCUCCGACACUGAAUACAAAGUGAGCGUGACCCCAGUCUACGCCAGUACUGAUGGGAUCAGUGUGUCCCGCGUGGGCCGGACCUUACCGCUCAUGGCACCCAAGAACCUGAGGGUCUCGGAGGAGUGGUACAACCGCUUCCGCAUCAGCUGGGACACACCUCCAUCACCGACCAUGGGCUACAGGGUGGUCUACCAGCCCAUUUCCACUCCAGGACGAGCCCUGGAGACAUUUGUGGGGGAGGAUGUGAACAACAUGCUGAUCCUGAACCUGCUGAGUGGGACGGAGUACAGUGUGAAGGUCAUCUCCACCUACACCACAGGCUCCAGCGACGCCCUGGCUGGAAAGGCCAAGACGUUGUUCCUGGGUGUGACCAACCUGAACACCUACCAGGUUCGGAUGAAGAGCACAUGUGCGCAGUGGCAGCCCCAUCGCCACGCCAGCCGCUACCGCGUCGUCAUCGAGUCCCUGCUGAACGGACAGAAGCAGGAAGUGAGUCUGUCUGGGGGGGCGACCAGGCACUGCUUCCACAACCUACACCCAGACACCCAGUAUAAGAUCAGCAUCUACUCCCAGCUCCCAGACCUGGAGGGGCCGGCCGUCACCCUCAUCGACAGGACCUUGCCUGUCCCCCCCCAGCCGACUACCGCGGCCCCGACGACCACGCCCCUUCCCACAAUCCCUCCUGCUAAAGAAGUCUGCAAAGCAGCCAAGGCUGACCUGGUCUUCUUAGUGGAUGGCUCCUGGAGCAUCGGGGAUGACAACUUCCAGAAAAUCAUCCGCUUCCUGUACAGCACGACCGGCGCCCUGGACAAGAUCGGCCCCGACGGCACUCAGGUGGCCAUCGCUCAGUUCAGUGACGACGCCAGGACAGAAUUCAAGCUCGAUGCCUAUGAUAACAAGGAGACAUUGUUGGCUGCCAUUCAGAGCAUCUCAUACAAGGGAGGAAAUACCAAGACAGGUCGGGCCAUAAAGCAUGUGAAGGACUCCAUCUUCACCCCCGAGGGGGGAAUGAGGAGGGGGAUCCCCAAAGUGCUGGUGGUGCUUACCGACGGCCGCUCCCAAGAUGAUGUCAGCAUGGUGUCCAAGGAGAUGCAGAUGGAGGGCUACGUCGUUUUCGCCAUCGGCUUCGCGGAUGCCGACUACGGGGAGCUGGUGAGCAUUGCCAGCAAGCCCAGUGAACGACAUGUCUUCUUUGUGGACGACCUGGAUGCCUUCAAGAAGAUUGAGGAAAAGCUGGUGACGUUUGUGUGUGAAGCUGCCUCAGCCACUUGUCCAUCUGUACGGAUGAAAGGCGGCACCAUGGCAGGCUUCCAGAUGAUGGGCAUGUUUGGACUGACAGAGAACCAGUACGCGAGUGUCGAAGGAGUUUCCAUGGAGCCUGGAACCUUCAACAGCUUCCCAUGCUAUCGGCUGCACAAAGACGCCCUCAUCAGCCAACCAACAAGGUUUCUUCACCCUGAAGGCUUGCCCUCCGAUUACACCAUCACAGUACUGUUCCGCCUGUUGUCCGACACUCCCCAGGAGCCCUUUGCAUUGUGGGAGAUCCUCAACCAGGCCAAUGAGCCUCUGGUUGGGGUCAUACUGGACAAUGGUGGGAAAACCCUCACGUUUUUCAACUAUGACUAUAAAGGAGACUUUCAGACUGUGACAUUUGAGGGUCCAGAGAUCAGAAAGAUCUUCCAUGGCAGCUUUCACAAGCUCCACGUGGCCGUCAGCAAGGUCACCGCCAAAGCGUUCGUCGACUGUAAGCUGGUGGGAGAGAAGUCCAUCAGCGCAGCAGGAAACAUCAGCACGGAUGGGGUGGAGGUGCUGGGCAGGAUGGUCCGGUCCCGGGGUAGCAGAGACAACUCGGCACCCUUUCAGCUCCAAAUGUUCGACAUCAUCUGCAGUUCUUCGUGGGCUAGCAGGGACCAGUGCUGUGAGCUUCCAGGUCUCAGAGAUGAGGAACAGUGUCCAGCCCUGCCUCACGCCUGCACAUGUUCCCAGGACAGUAAAGGUCCCGCAGGACCCGCAGGACCCCCGGGAGGUCCAGGGGCCAGAGGUGCUAGAGGAGACCGAGGGGAACCAGGGCUGGUGGGUCCACAGGGUCUAGUAGGUGACAUUGGACCACCAGGUCCUCAGGGACUUCCGGGACCCCAGGGCCCAAGUGGCAUGUCUAUCCAGGGGGCACCGGGCGCUGCGGGGGAGAAGGGCGAGAGGGGAGAUGUCGGUUCUCCGGGGCCACAGGGGGUACCGGGACCACCAAGCUCACCUGGGCGGGAUGGACCAGCGGGACAAAGGGGACUACCUGGAAAAGAUGGUCCCCCCGGACCCCCUGGCUCCACAGGAACCAUUGGACCACCUGGAGGUCCUGGACAGCCUGGAUCAAACGGACCUCCUGGACCUCUGGGAGAUCAGGGACUACCUGGCUCUCCUGGAGUCCGGGGAGAGAAGGGUGAACGGGGAGAUGCGCAGUCACAGGCAGCCGUGCAGGCCAUCGCCCGGCAGGUGUGCGAGCAGCUCAUUCAGAGUCACAUGAGCCGGUACAACUCCCUCCUGAACCACAUCCCCAGCCAACCCGUCUCCGUGCGCACCAUCCCGGGGCCCCCGGGGGAGCCAGGGCGCCAGGGCUCCCCGGGGCCCCAAGGAGAGCAGGGCCCCCCCGGCCGACCCGGGUUCCCAGGGAACAACGGGGAGAACGGGCAGCCGGGAGAGAGAGGUUUGUCAGGAGAGAAAGGCGAAAGGGGGAGUCCAGGGGUGGGAAUCCAGGGGCCCAGGGGCCCCCAAGGGCCUCCAGGGCCCACCGGAGAGGGCCGCACCGGCAGCCAGGGUCCCCUUGGUCGCCCUGGCAACCCUGGAACCCCUGGCCGACCGGGCAUCCCCGGUCCCACUGGUCCGGCUGGCCCACCUGGUUACUGUGACCAGAACUCCUGCCUGGGGUACAACGUAGGAGUACAAUUGGCUCCUGAGCCCUACCAGCCCUAUGAUAAUGAGGAGGACCCAUAUGAGGGGUACAGAGGCUACCCCCACGAGUACUACCAGCCCAACUACCCCGCCCCCCGUCCCGUGGAACCCGAGUCUGAGCCCUUUCCCACAGAGGACACUGUGGAGGUGAGAUCUCCAGGCAUGCAUCGCUUCUCCAGGAGUCUGUCUGGGAAGAAGGUCCCCGCUGCUGCAAUGCGGAGAAGAGCGAAGAGGGAAGACUGGAAAUUGCCGAUGCCCAACUGAAGUAUUCGAGCAUGCACACGGCCCCGGAAGAAAGGAGAGAAGGACAGAGAAAACGAUGGCCAGAGGAACUGUCCCAUCACGUCAGGUCCAAGUCUAGAGGUGGCUGGAGUGAGGACUUGUGCAGAAGUACAAAUGUGGUCAAUUUUAAUGUUCUCAAAGGUGCGUGGCAUUUGGAGGCAAUGUGAAAGCUAAUUGUAUAAAUGGGGUGUCCAUUGACUUUUGUAAAUGACCAACAGAGAGCAUUUGUACAGCUUGUGUAGUAUUAUAAAUAAUACCCUCAGUAUUUCCCUGCUGUUUCCUCAUUUCCAGGUGGGCAGAAUAGAUGAGGCUUUUAUUUUGAAGCAGUGUUGCAUUAUGGGCGUCCAUUAAACACAGACAACCACAGUACCUUCAAUUGCAAGCAGAGUAGUGGGUCAUAACAAAAUAUUUUUGGAACUAUUAAUGAAACAACGUUAUAACAUGCAUUUGUAAGUAUGAAAUAGUUUUGUAUAUUGGGAAAAUAAACACUUUUCUCCUGCCUUAAGGGCAUAUUUUUUAACACAUGAGAAUUUGUUUGUCAUUUUGCCUUUCCAGGGAAAACAGACUAAAAGAUGGAAGAAAGACAUUUAAAACCAGGCAGUUUUGUGAACUAUGAAAUACAGCGGUGGCUUAUUGCCCAUUUCACAUCAUGUGUUAAUGAAUUUGUGUUCUGUUCAGUUAAGGAUGCAGAGCUAAUCAUGGUCUCCCUGCUCACUCUAUUCUUAUGUUAUUUUUAAGCAAAUAAAAUGGAAGUAAAACUACAA